UCCACGUUCACGUUCGUGCUCUCUAUCGAUCGUUGCACUGAGAGAAAUUAUCAGUAAAGCUAGCAAAGGGACGUUUUGGAUCGAGUAACUUUCACGAUGAAUUGGCAUUUAACUGUCUGCAUUGUCUUAAUUCUAAGUGCUUCGCGGCCAACGUCUGCAGAAGCUAAGACUAAGAAUGGCCAGGGAGAUGAUUGGUGCUUUAAAGACUAUGCGACAGUUGGUAUAGUGGGAGGCACUGUAGCCCUAGCUGCAGCUCCAUUCGCCUUGACCUGGAUGGGUUUCACAGCUGCAGGUGUAGCCGCAGGCUCAGUUGCGGCCAGCAUCCAGUCUGCGGUAUAUGGUGGCACUGUGGCUUCGUCAAGUGCAUUCGCAGCACUUCAAAGCGCUGGAGCAGCUGGAUUGGGCGCUAAGGCAACAGUUGGCGUUUUCUCAGCUGGUCUAGGAGCGGCUGCCUGGAUCAAGAGCUGGGUGGCUCCAUGUAAUGAGGGACCAGAAUGCUCAUCAGAGAAACACUGAUUCAUAUUGAAAUAAAACGUUUUCUCGUAAGGAUAGACUUGUGAAACAUACCUACACACACUGCUUACCUUUAUGUAUAACUUUUACCUUAAUUGAGAAGAAACAGCUAUAGAAGAGACCUGGUCUACUUUCAUUUUAAGUUGAAACAGUUACCGGUAUACACGUUUGUGACACAGAAGAACGUGUCUCAAUAGAAACCUAUUCCUAGAUAGAACCAGAUGUCCUAACUGAUUGCGCCCCUGCAGACUGUAGCCAGUGGAGUUCUGAACGAGUGGUCCAUGAUUCACUUCCGGUCUCAGCAACGCUUAUGAUAUCGCCAGCUUUUUGGUUUAUAACCUGUUAGGAUUUUAAAAAAAAAGAUUUCGUUCAGUUUCCAUAUAUUGUGAGUCUUAAUUUUAAUAGCAGAUCAACAGAUUAAAGUCUAGCCACUUGCACUGUAAUUAGUUCUGCGCACAUGAAAAUAAAGCAACAGGAAGGGUG